AUGUUCCAUAGGCUACCGGCCGAGAUCCUCAGCGUCAUAGCCUCUAGCACAUGCGCCGACCUCCAGACCAGUUUGGCUCUUUGCCAGCUUAACAAAUACUGUAACUCGUCAUGUACAUAUUCUCUGUACGGCCAUCCAAUCAAGCUUUCGACAGACAAGGGCAUGCGCAGCUUUUGCGGGACUUUGUUGAAGGACAAUCCUGCCGAUGGUCGCCCUAACCCGUCGAUGGCGGUGAGGAGCAUCUCGAUGAGGGGCGACGGAACUUUGCCUGACAAUGUCAAGAACGGGGAGAAGAGCAUUUUGAUGUUGGAUCACAUUCGAUUAGCGCUCAAGACGUGCACCAAUCUCCACACCCUGUCGCUGGUUAGUCCCCGCGACCGUGACGAAGCAAUCUCAGAUGCCUUCACUGUGUUGUUCAAGGGAUGUACCAUUACAGCUAGCCAGGAUUCAGAUGGACUCGCGUUCCCACAUCUUCGCCACCUCGAGCUCCAAUUUACUUUCAAUAUUUCCGUCUUCAAUUUCGUCGAGGCCCAUCGUCGCGAUCUACAAUCCCUCGCCCUCUAUCACGAGGCCGGCUCAGUCACCAACGAGCUCAGCAUACUAGAAGAGAUAUUCUCCGAUGAGCCUGGUACGGAAUCUGACGAUGAAUCAGAAGGCCAAACGUCGUUCGAAACAUCAUCAUACUCUCCGGCAUACACAUCUCUGAGUUGCUCUCCUAUUCUUGUUCUGCACCUCAUCCCGGGAUCUCACGUCGAAAAUGUCAAUUUAUCAUGGUGGAAUGCCGAAGACAUAGACGUCGAUACUCUGGCUCUCGACCUUGUUCAAUCUUUGCAGAAGUCAAAAGCAACUCAUGGUAUCCGGACGCUGUCCUACGCGAGCAAUUCGUGGAAUUCGAACUUCAUGAACAAGGCGCCAGAGUAUCUGCCAAGACUUGAGCUACUGGGUCUUCUUGGAUAUCUGUAUUAUUCUCAAGACAAUCUCGGCGGCGGACAGGACUUCAUUGGGCCAAUUUUCAGAGCCACGCACUCUCUGUUACCGUCUUUCAAGAACCUGAAAGUGUUGAUAUUGAGAGCAGAUGAGUGUCCCGGAGGGACAGACCGUGCCUAUUAUGAAGACUUCAAGACGGCGGCCGAAUGGGCGAAACUGUGCCCUUCCCUCUUAUACGUCGUUUUACCUUUUUCCAGAUCAUCCUGGAUUCGUGAUUCAGAAUACGACUUUUUUGUGCCCGAUACCUUCAUUCAACAAUAUACACGAGCAACCGCCUUUAGCUCGACACAACCAGAGGGCUAUCAUACAAACCCCAAUACCCGUUACCCGCCCGAGUACACGGCGGAAUUCAUCCAUAAAUUAAUCAAGCGCGAAGGAAUGCUGAUGGCAACGCAGUACUUUGCUCAUUUCGAGAGGCUGAGGGAGAAGACGUGCGGAGUUGUACAACAGGUAGAGGAGUUAUUGGACAAUGCCGGAUUAUUGAAGGAAACGAGACGCGGUACCAAGGACCAGCUGAAUAGGCUGGUGUAUGGGGAGUAUGACGCGGAUGAGGAUUGA